CUUAGUGUUCAUUUAAGCUCACCCUCAAAGUAUUCACACACUUCCUCGUGAGGGCAACAAGGCUACUACCUUCAUUUACCGCCGCAAAAGUAUUCAUGGAUGAACACAGCAUACCCGGAUGGAAAAGUCCCCUCAUAACAUCAGAUCAUGUGGAAAACAUCCAAGAAAGCCAGUUAGACGGUGAGACCAUAGAUGGCCAGACUCCCUCAAGGCAGCACGACAACGGAUGCAACCGAACACCAUUCCAGUUUCUUCGCAAGUUCGGAAUCUUGCAUCUCUCUUUUCUCCUGGUGGCACUCGGGGCAGGAAUCGCAAUAGGAUCUACGAUCGGUCGACGGCGCGUUCCUUUAGGACUGUACCUACUCUUCGCUGCAACAGCUACCCUUUGGGUCGUUCUCUCUAGUUACGCAACCUUCGCUGAUGCGCGUCGCACAUCAAGCCUUCCGCCCGAACGAACGGCUCUCUUGGGGCGCUUCAGAGGUCGCACAUUUUUUGGACGGUUCAACACAUUGUUCUGUCACUUGUUGAUCAUCGCGACUUUGAUUGGAGCAGGUAUCCCUCUGUGCAUAUCUGUACAGCACAACAAGUUGCCACUUGGGCUGCUGGUCGUUGAAACGUUCGGGAUGAUCGUCUGGGCGAUAUUCUCACGGCUGAAUCAGGACCGCGAGGCUUCACAGGUGUAGCAAUGCCUAGGCUGCCUCGAAUCAUAGAAGACGCAAAAUCGAUAGUUUGUCCAACAGUGAGCGCGACUUGUUUCGUCCCAACCAACCAGUCUGAUAGAACUCAUGAUGAAGAUUCAACGGGAAAAGGGUUCUAAUUGUCCCAGUAACGAGACCGAACCAGCAAGGCACCGCUCAAGGCCAAGACACAAAGAAAACCGCAUGACGCUUAUCAUCCGCGACAUCGUUACUCCCGCUCUCUUAUUCGCGAAUUAAAUCUCCCGAUCGUUGGUACUUGGAGCACAUCCUAUGCUCUACAACGAUGCUUGUCUUUUGGCCGGCCGGCCGCUGGGGAACGAUUUGACGGAAGAAUAACGGUGAAGAGGAUUGUGGACACAGAAGUUGAUAGGUGUGCC